AUGUCAACAGCAUCAGACGAAGAGUUAGCUUCGAUAGCUCAACAUAUAUCAAUACGAGAUGAUGAUGAUGAUCAGAUACCGUCCACUUCGAUGCCAAAGAACUAUUUGGACGUGUUGACGAAUGGUACUGAGGAUCUGUUGCAAAGUAACCAAAAUCAAGGACAGGUUGGAGACGAAGAGGUUGAAAGGGAUGAUGGCUAUACUCCCAAUUCCGGCUCAAGCGAAGAGAAUGGAGCGGAUGGCACAUACGAGAAACUGGAAAAGAGGAUACAUUCGUUAUCUCACGAGGUAGCUCUACUUCUGGACCGUAUAUAUGAAAUACAAGAACUGCGCCAUUCCUCAAUUUCUUCCACAUCAUCAAUCCCCUCAGCUCCCUCACGUAUAGAUUCCUUACUUUCUUCGCUGUCUGACUCGACCCUCCUUCUAAGACCACAGAUUACCUCACUGUCAUCUACGAUAUCCUCAUACACUGGACCCAGAGCCAAACAGCUCAAGGAUGGAAUAGAUGAGAUCAUGGAAGAUUGGAAGAAGGUAGGAGAUCAGCAGAAAUGGUUAUUGGAAGAGAUGAAAGAGGAUGGUUGGUUGAUACGCUUCAGAACUACCGCCGACCAAGCUGAAGCUAUGAUGGAUCCCUUGCAAAAAAGUCUGAUGGAAUGUCAAGCAUAUGUCGACAGGAUUACCAACUCAUCAGCGCAUGUCCCGCUGCAAGCUGAAUUUGACGAUCAAUUAAGUAUAGAGAGGUUGCAGAAGCUUGCAAAGGGUCAUGAAUCCAUGACAAAAACAUACGUCCCUAGUAUAAACAAAAUACUUAAGAUGAUGGACAGGAGCAUCUCUGACAGACCUAUCAAGAACGGCGAGUCGCUGAGGAGAUUCGGUGAGAUGAAUCACCGAUGGACUUCACUACAGAAACAACUUCAACAGCUCAACGCUAAAAUACGUCUCAUCAUCUCUCAGCGUGAUGCUGAAAUGGAGUACAUGGACGGUGGGGACGAAGUGGAACUCUUAGCAGAUGUCACAUCGCUGUACAGCUCUGCUGGCGACUCGAGAAGCGAUUACUUUGGAUACGGAGGUACGGUCAAAAGCAGAGAAUCCACUUCAUCGAGCUACGGCUCGUCUCGUACCAGAUAUUCGAUAUCCUCCGGUGGCUCAAAUACAUCAACACGAUCCUCUACCCGUCAACCACUAGCUCAUACACAUACUUCACCUUCCAUCAAACCACCUGCUUCUUCGACACUUUCCCCUGAUACCGCCAUGCGACCUUUACCUUUACGUCGAAGGACUUCUAUGAUGUCCACCACAUCAUUUGCGACGGCACGUAACACCCCAGGGGAAAAACCAAGAUGGAAUUCUUCACCGAAAGUACAUGCUGAACCUGUCCAGACGCCCACCAUAUACAGACGUUCCACCGGACUACCUAGAUCAGUCAGUCCUACGCCCAGUACGGCAUCUAUGGCAUCUACCACUAUGUCCAUGUCCCGUAGACUGAGUAGAAUACCGGUUGCUAGUCCUACAUCGAGGCUCGGUACGGGGUAUUCGUCCCCUACCGCAAGUGAAAUUUCAGUACCUGGAUUGACCGUAUCCAACUCGCAUUCCAGAACGUUGAUCGCUGAACCUUCAUCUGUCAAGCGAAGUUCCAAUCCGAAUCAAAGCCAUCUGGAAAGAGCUAGGAUGGGAUUAAAGACUCCCGAACCACCUCGACCUCGACUGAGUUCGACAUUCUCUUCGUUCGGUAGACCACCGACUACACCUGGCAUGGGAUCGAGAAAUUCCUCAUCCGGUACGGGCGCCGCGCCGCGCACGGUUCCUGCGAGGGGUAAAGGUGGACCACCCCCUUCAUCAUUCCGGAUCACCUCGCCUACUCCUAGUGGAUCAGGUAUGGGAUCCGCCUCGACCAGACCUUCGUCUAGGUUGAGUAUGAUGUCAUAUAGCGGAUUCACACCCUCCCACACGAUGGAGAUGGAAGAGUUCAAACCUUCAAAAUAUGAUUUAUUAGAUAUGGAAGUGUCCAAGAUCUUGAAUGAAGUGCAAUUCAACCUAUUUGUAAGUAGGUUAGACCAGCCGCUCAAGAGGGGUCAAAGGAGGAAUGAGAAUGAAGAGUGGAAAGGUGAAUAUCUAUUUGGGAGAAGCGAGAAACCGUCUAGUGUGAAAUUGAUCACGAUAGCCGGGUUUAGAAGAUCGGCGAAUCCAAACGAGAGGAGGGUGAAAUGUAUGAUCAGAGUUGGAGGACAAUGGGUGGAAUUGAAAGGUGAACUAGAGAGGAGAAUGAGGGUUCUAAGGGAUGAAGGUCAUGGAGAGGUGAUGGACGAUGAUGAGACGUUCUGA